UUAUCCUUAGCACCCGUUCCUGGACUCUGGUUCAAACAUGGUGUAGCUCAGACUUUGUCACAUGUGCUUAUUUUCCUCGUUAUACUAAUACCUGAUUUAGCAGCAAAGUAGGUAUUUCUUUCAAGCUUCAAGCCAUGGCGCAGCAGAACCAAAACACUUUUCAUUUCUUCGGAUCGUCAGUUCCCACCGUUCAAUCCACCUAUUCCGGCGCGUUUCAACAGCCGGCUCAAACCGCUUAUCAGCAGCCGGCUCAAGCGUCUUAUCAGCAGCCGUCACAAACCGCUUAUCAGCAGCCGGCUCAAAGCGCUUAUCAGCUCUCCCCGUCUCAGAACGCGUAUGUCCAGCAGCAGGCGAUUCUGAACGCCUGGACGGCUGCUCACGCCGGGACGGCCGCAGCUCAAACGGCCGGCACGCGCCUACCGGUCACAGGCUCCGAACAGCCGGCUUCAUCCGGAUUUUAUGAAAGUAGUCAGGCUGCGCAUGGCGGACACGUGGCACAGAAUCAGACCGCCGCGAAUCAAGCUGCCACGUGGUACAACGCUGCAGGCUUAGGUGGUUCUUCCGCUGCGGCUGUUACUGGUGCGGCGACUAACUACUACACCUCUGCCACUGCUUCGACUGCAGCAGCUGUUAUUGAUUACAACGCUCCGGGGGUGUUGGGUGGGAAUGAAGCCUCACGCACUCAGUACCAGUCAAGGCAGGUGGAGCCCGUGCGACAGUCGCAGGCCGUGCGACAACAAGCGACUUCCGUGCGACAAACGCAGGCUGUGCGACAAGUGCAGGCCGAACGGCAGCGAGUACACGCUGAACGACAGGUGCAAGUUGAAGGCCGAGUGCUGCCCGUGCGACAAGUGCAGCAGCCUGAGCGACAAACGCAAGCAGUGCGACACGCGCAGGCGGAGGUACAGUCGCAGAGGCAGGUUCAGCGACAGGCACAGCGACAGGAACAGCGACAGGAGCAGCGACAGGAGCAGGGACAAGAACAGCCUGUGCGACAGACGCAGCGAGAGUGGUGGCUGGAUGCUCUAGAGGGACAGGGAGUGAGCGCGAAUGUUGCGAUUCAGGAACAAGCGCAUACCCAGGAGUGGAAUCGAACCGUCGCGGCAGUAACCUCUCACACUGGCGUUGAGAGUUACGGCCAAGGAACUGGUAACGCUGGUUACAACGACGCUGUAACACCAGCCGUGCAGGGUUACCACCAGGCGUCAGGAACGAGAACGGAUGUUACGGGUUACGACCAGGGAGGAGCAGUGGGCGACGCUGGUGUCGGGGACUAUGCAUAUGAGGCUGCUGCUGCUACUGCUGCACCUGCAGUGGCUACUACACCAGCUGCUACAGCAGCCGUUACAGCUCCUGCUGCUGAUCUCAUGUUCCAGCGUGCUCAGCGGCUCGACCGACGCCGGUAUGAUUUGGGUGUCAUGGCAGGGGAUCAGGCGCAGGAUGAGCCAGAUGCAGUGUAUGUGGACGCAGCACAGCACGGGCAGACUUACGUUCAGGAACACGGGCAGGAACACGGGCAGAGGCGUGGACGCGGUCAGAGAUAUGCGCAUGCGCACGGGCAGGUGAACGAUCGCGGGCAGGCUUAUGGAGACGGGCAGGGUCAUCAGCUCGGGCAGACGUACCAACAAGGGCAGGCGUAUGAUCAAGGGCGGGGUUACAAUGAGACGCAGGGGCAUGAGUAUGCUCAGCAGCAACGUCAGGGUCUUGGCGCCACUGCGGCCACGGCUACUGCUGCUGCUGCCACAGUUGCUGCAAUUACUGCUCCUGCGAGUAUUGUUCCUGCUACUGCUACUGUCGCUGCUACAGCAGCUGUUGCUGCUACAGACGUUGCGGCUGGGGCUGGAAGAGGGGCGCAGGCGCGGGGGAGACGCGCGGGGGGAGGGGCAAGGGGGCAGGGGAGGGGGAAAGGGUCCCGCCAAGGGAGGAGAGGGGCAGUAGGGGCGGGACAGGAAGCAGCAGCAGGGGCGGGGCAAGGAGCAGCAGCAGAGGCAAUGGGAGGGGCGGCAGGAGGAGAGAGGCAGGUGGGGGGAACGGCAGAGCAGGGGGGAAUUCCGGACCCAGUACAGGCAGUAAUGGGGGGAGAAUCUGGGCUCCAUGUUCCCCUGGGAGCGACGGGAGGACAGGAGGCGGUAGGGGGGCAAUCGGGGGAGGAUGAUGGCAUGUCGGCGAUCUAUGCUGCUGGGUAUGCGGCAGGGCUGGCAGCAGCGCGGGCUGCUGCUGCUAGAGCAGCUGGCGCUGCUGGGGUUGGUGCUGGUGCUGGGGUUGGGGAAGAGGGGGGAGUGGCAAUGGAAGGAGAUGUGGGCACCGUGGCGGGAGAGCAGGCUGAAGGGGGAUUCGAUCUUGAUGCUGCAGGCUUUGCUGAUGGUGAGAUGGUGAUGGGUGGCGUGGUGGAGGGAGCAGAGUAUGGAGCUGAAGGAUUGCCAGAAGGAGGAGGAGAAGGAGAAGGAGGGGCCGGGGGUGAAGGAGGGGAAGGAGGGGAAGGAGGGGAAGGAGGGGAAGGAGGAGGGAUGCUGGCUGCUGCAGCAGCAGGAGGAGGAGCAGGUGUGGUUACUCCAGGGUCAGCGGCGGCAGCAGAAGCAAUAGCAGCAGCAGCAGCGGCGGCGGCAGCGGCAGCUGCCACAGACGGGUCGGAUACGGACGUGGGGGGGGAGUGGCGGCCGGUGCGGUUGCGGGACCCUGAAAGGAAACGGCGCCAUUUCAUCCCAGUCACUCUAAAGGCGGAGAUGUGCGAGCUAAGGCGCGACCGGCCAGGGAUUACUAUCGAGAAGAUUGUACAAGUGCUCAAGACGAAGUACCCAGGGAUUCGGAUUUAUGCCACCCGGGUGGCAGAUAUUCUCCAGAAGCCGAAUAAGUGGGUGGGGAUGAUGGGAGGUCGCGUGAACAGCCGAACCUCCCAGCCGCCGGACCAGUCCGGUAUGGAGGGGGCCUUGGCGCGGUGGUUCGGGGAGGAGCAGCAGAGGCUCGGGGUGGUGCCGAGCGAGACAGUGAUUGAGAAGGCUAAGGAGCUAGGGGAUUCAUUCGGGUUUCCCCCUACUUUCAAGUACACCCGGGCGUGGGUUUACCGCGUGCUGUCGCACCUAGGGUUUUCCCAAGAGGCUAUAGACGCAGCUUGUGAGGACUACCCUAACGAGGAUGACUCUGCAGGGCCGUCCCUUAUCGAGCUAGCGGAUCAGAUGUUCGGGCAGGAGCUGUUCAAACCGAGGUCCAAGCACCGGGGUAGGAGGCCCAGGGACUGGUGGGCAGAAAACGUACUGGGGAGGAGCCCUGGGACGGGGACGGGGAGGGGGAGGGGGAGAGGCCGGGGGAGGGGAGUGGGGAGAGGCGAUGGGGGGGGGGAAGUGGGGGUGGGGGGGGCGGGGGCUUUGGGGGAAGGGGCGGAGUUUGAGGGGGUGUUGGGAGGAGUGGGUGGGCAGCAGCAGCAGCAGCAGAUGGGUGGGUAUGGGGGAGGGGUACAGGUGGGAGGAGGAGUGUAUGGGCAGCAGGUGGGUGAUGAGGGAUAUGUGCAGCAAGGAGGGUAUGCCCAGGCAGGUGGACAGGGUUACGGACAGGAGAUAGGUCAGGGGUAUGGGCAGGUGGCCGGGCAGGGGCAGGCGUAUGGGCAGGCGACAGGGCAGGGAUAUGGGCAGCAGCAGGCGGGUGUGCAGGGGUAUGGGCAGGGACAUGGGCAGGAGGGGGGUGAACAGGUGAGAGUGGGGGAAGGGGGCCAUGAUGACGGGGGAGGAGGAGAAGGGAUGGCAGCAGGAGGAGGGCAGAAUGGGCUCGAUGGUACUGCUGCUGCUGCUGCUGCUGCUGCUGCUGGUGCUGGUGAGGGUACUGGUGAUGCUCCUUCUUCGAACCAACCCCUCGCUUCAGCUGCAGCAGCGAGUUCUCUCAACGAAUCCGCCCCCUUUACCGCUGCAAACAGCAUGGUGGGCACUGCGAAUACUGCAAACUCACUAGACGAGGGUGAGGAGGAUUCGGAGGAUUACCGGCCCGAUCCGAAGCUGGUGGAGCUCGCCAUGGCUGAAGCCAGAGCUGCAGCGGAGGCUCGGAGGGUUGUUACGGAGGCCGACCUCGCAAAAGCAGGGGAAAUUGAGCUUCUACCCCGGAAUCCGAUCACGGGCAGGGUGAUUAGGAAGGAGGAGCUGAAAUCGUCCCCCCUGUAUGUGGAGUAUUACCGGCUGCUGGAAGAGCAGAGGAAGUUUCGGGAGAAGAACAAGAGGCUCCACUCGUGCAUUCGGACCCUCAAGAUGCGAAAGGCCAUCUGUCUACUAAAGGAGGCCCGCCCGUCGCUAACCCUCCAGCAGAUAAUCCACGUGAUUCUGGAAGCCUGUGGGCCGGUGAUAGCCGCGUCGCUGAACCUCGCUUCGAUCCGGUACAUCCUUAGGAAGUGCAAUAACUACCUAACCGCGGAUCUAACCCCCCAGCCGCGGAAACUCCGCCCGAAAAAGGUGGUGUUUCCGGAGUUUGAGGCGGCGCUCGCGACGUGGGUGCGAGAAAUGAGGGCCAAGUACGGGCUGGAGAAUCUGCUGUAUGAGGAUGUGCUCAUGUAUGCGCAGAAGCUGGCUCCGAGUUAUCGGAUUGCGGAGAUUGCGCCCAGAAACUUUAAGUUCCAUAUGUCGUGGCUUAUGAAGUUCAUGGGGCGGCACGGGCUGAAGUGGCGGACGAAACAGGAUUUAUCGGCAAAGCGCCGUGGGGGCGAGAGUGACGGUACGGAGAGUGACAAUGGCGAGGGUGAAAGGUAUGGCGAGGGGGGCGGGACAACAGACGGUGGAGAUGGAAUCACAACGGACGGUGGAGAGGGCAACACCACGGAUGGGGGCGGCGAGGGCACGGACGUGGAGGGGGAAGGGGAGGGGGAGGGGGAGGGGAUGGGGGAAGGCGGGGGGUUCUUAGGCACUGACGUAGGCAUGCAUAUGGGGCCGAUGGUGGGUGGGCUCGUAAGGAAAGAGCGGAGCGAGAGGCACCGAAAGAGAAAUGCUAUCUGGAAUGCGGCAGCUGAUAAGCUACUUAAAGUCGUCGAGAAGUUCAAAGCGGAGAAGGAGGCGAGGAGGCAGAGGAGGCAGAGGGGGGAGGUAGUGGAGGGAGAUGAGGACGAGGAGGACGAUGAGGAGGUGUGGCCGCGGCCCGCAGGGUCUGGGAGGCCGAGGAAGAGGCGGCGGGGGAACAAGUCGUCGGUGCGGGACACGACGACAGGGCGAUACAUGCCUGUGGGGGGUGCUGCUGCUGGGAAUGGGGCUGCUGGGAAUGGUGGAGAGGCGGAGGGACAGGGGAUGGAGGGUGGCAGGGAGAAGCAGAAGCGCAAGCGGUACCAGCCGGUGUUUGUGACGUGGAAGCUCGCCCUCAUCUCUCUCGCCAGGGCCAGACGCGACCUGCCACACAGUGCUGUCAAGAGGGCGGUUCAAGACAGGUACGGCGUUGACACGAGCCGCAUGGUGAUAACGGACUACAUGGCACGGGAGGACAAGGUGCGGUGGCAGGCUGAAGUGAUGCGCGAGGCGUUCAGGGAGGGGCGGGCGGUGGUGCCCAAGAUGACGCAGGUCUCCAAGUACAUGCGGCUAGAGAAAGCCGUUGCAGACGCAGUGAAAAGAGCUCUGGCUGAUCUAGACAAGGGGGAGGCGCGGAGCGUUGGGGGGGUGGACAUGAGCACACUGGCAGAGAGGGAGGUGCUGGGAGCAGGGGUGGUCCCCGGAGUGAGAAUAAACGCACUGGGCGGAGGGGUAGGAGAGGGGGGGGAGGGAGGGGAAGGGGAAGGGGAGCGGGAGCAAGGGGGGGAAGAGGAGGAGGAGGAGGAGGUGGGGUUGCCACGGCACAUCAUGCUGCAUCCGGAGUCGGUUGUGGAGUAUGCCAACAGAGUGGCGCCGCUGUUCGGCCUCCCGCAAUCAAAAAAUAUCACCUUCUCGUGGGUGGCGGGCGUGAUGCGCAAGUGGGGCUUCAUGGACCACUGGGCCGUGCAGUCAAAUAUCACCUUCUCGUGGGUGGCGGGCGUGAUGCGCAAGUGGGGCUUCAUGGACCACUGGGCCGUGCAGUCGUCCGUGCGAUGGAAGAAGUGGGCACGGCAGAACGCGGCUCAGGGGGACAAGGCGGGCGGGGAAGGGGGAGAAGCGGGGGAAGGGGGAGCAGGGGGGGCGGAAGCAGAGGGCGUUGCUGGAGCAUGGGGAGAUGGGGGAGGGGGAGGGGGAGGGGGAGCAGGUGCACCAGGGGAGGGGGCAACAGGGGACGGGAAUGCAGAAGCAGCAAGAGAGGAAGAACCUGCAGAAGGGGCUGCGUCCGGUGCUGCUGCUGCUGCUGGUGCCGCCGCUGCUGGUGAUGCAGCAGCAGCAGCAGGGGCAGCAGCAGGGGGCACAAUGAAAGAGCCUGCUGACAUCCCUUGGGAUCUGUUUGACGAGGAUUUCAACUUAAUCCCUGAAGAGUUGGAGGCCCUUGGGAAGGUGGCAGAGGAGGUGGAGAUGCGGCGGCAGAGGCAGUACCGGGAGCUGAUCAUGGCGGGGGUCUUCAGCAAGAGGAAGAAGAGGACGCAGGCGGGAGGAGGAGAGGGGGGAGAGGGAGGAGGAGGAAGGGGGGGAGAGGGAGGAGGAGGAGGGGGAGAGGAAGGUGUGGGUAUGGAAUUGGCGGGCGAAAGGGAGGGAAGGGAGGGAGGGGAGGGAGAGGAGGGAGGAGAGGUAGGGCGAGGGGAGGGAGGAGAGCGAGAAGAGCGAAGGGAGGGGGGAGAGGGUGCAGGAGGCGCUGGAGGGUAUGAUUCUGAUGAUGAUGGUGGGGGUGGCGGUGAUGGUGGUGAUGUGGGUGAUGACGAUGAUGAUGAUGGUCGAGGUAAUGAUUUCGGCCUUAGUAGUGGGGCAGGAGCAAUGGAAGGAGCAGGAGGAGAGGCAGGAGGGGCGAUAGGAGGGGCGGCAGGAGGGGCGGCAGGGGGGAGUGUAGCAGCGUCUCUUCUUGGCUCGCUAGAUUUAGCCAAGCUACCUGGACCAAUCCCAGCGUAUCUUCAAGAUAUUGUCGCUGAGCUGGCGGGAAUUCGAGUCGGCGGAGCCUCGGACGCUCUUCCUAACCUCCAGGCAGCUUGGGCAACGCUUGACCGUGCUUCCCCCGAGCCUGUUGCAGCUGGCCCGGAAGCUGGUCUGGAUAAGGAUCGGGGCAGGAAGAGGAAGAGGAGCGACAAAGAGGGGGGUGAGGGAGAGGUAGGGAAGGAAGACGAAAUGGAUGGGGAAGAGGGAGGAGGGGAAGAGAAAGGUAGGAAAGAGAGGGAUGCGGCGGUAGCGGCAGUGAUGGCAGCAGGAAAGAUCAAAACACCAGAGGAGUUUUGGCAGUGGUGGCAGUUUUCAGGCCUGGUUGGGUUGAGCGACAUGCGGGCAGCAUGGGAUGUGCUUAUAGACACUGAGGUUGUUGCUGUUGAGGACGAGGAGGACGAGGACGAAGAGGCGGAGGCGGAGGAGGCGGAGGAGGCGGAAGAGGAGGAAGAGGAGGAAGAGGGGGGGUGGGCGGGAGGGGGAACAACCGGAGAGGGGACGACGGGAGGAGAGACGACGGGGGGUGAGACGGGUGGGGAGACGGAGGGAGAAGCGGGGAGGGGUGAGUACACGAGAGAGGAGGAGAGGGUGAGGAGGAGGCAGAGGAGGAAGGAGAGGAAGGAGAGGAAAGAGAGGAAGAGGAGGAAGAAGGAGAAGAGGAAGCAGAGGAAGAAGAGGGAGAAGGAGAAGGAGAGGGAAAGGGAGAAGAGGGGCAAGAAGAAGCGGCGUGGAGGAGAGAAUGCACUUGCAGCUUUCACGAAUGUUCAAGCGCCAGCAGUCUUGCCGACGCAAUCUACCUUCCCCCAGUCUGCCUUUUCCCAGCAUGCGUUUCCGCAAUCCGUUUUUACGCAAGCUGCCUUCCCUGCACCUCCAGCAGCAGCAGGAGCAGCUUUUGGCACUGGCGUUUCUGCAGUGCCCCCCCCUGCUGCCGCUGCCCAGGUUACCACGAUUCAGUACGGGGCGCAGCAGUCCACGCCAUUCGGAACACAGUAUGCCACAGUGACCCAGCACACGUACAACAGCCAGCCGCAGCCCACGUACAACAGCCAGCCGCAACCCACGUACAACAGCCAGUACCAACAAUCACCGAUGGGGGCGCAGCAAGCAUCCAUGGGGGGGCAACAACUACCCAUGGGGGGCCAAUUCCCCCAGCUGCCCCCUUUCCUGGCCCAGUUUCUGUUCCCUUCCUCCCAACCCACCCGUGCCUCUAACCCUACUGCUGGGCCUCCUGCCACCGCUCCUUUCAGCAGCACCACUCUGUUUUCUACCAGCACCGCUCCUUUUACCAGCAGCACCCAUCUCAGUGCACCUCCUGCUCCUCGUGCUGCUGCUGGUGCUGCUGCCCCUCCCUCCUCUCACGCCUCACAGCUUUAUCUCCCCAAUCCUCGACUUUCUACAGCUCACAUCAGCGCUGCUGAGGCUAAUGCUGCUGCACCUGCACCUGCUGUAGCCACUCUGACUGCAACGGGUGCUACAGCCACUACCACAGCGGGUGCAACUGGUGCAGGCUCUUCCCGUCCCACCCUCCUGGCUGAAAUAGCUCGUGACAAUCAACAGCUGAGGUACCUGCUUGCUCUCACGAAGGACACUCCAGAGUAUGCAAAAUUCGCAGAACUGGCUAGACAGGCACAGGCACAGGCACAGACAGGCGUUGGUCCUUCUACUGCUGCUGCUGCUGCUGCUGCUGCUGCUCCUACUGCUGUCACUGCUGUCGCUUCCACUACUGCUUCUGCUGCUCCUCCUGUGCCCGCUUCUCCUGCUGCAGCUGCUGUUGCUGGCACUGCCGCCCCUGCCACUGUCGGCCCUGCUGCUCCUGCUGCCCCCCCUGCCCCCGCUGCUGCUCCUGCUGCUGCUGCUGCUCUUCCUGCCGCCAAUGCCCCUGCUGCUGCUCCUCCAGAUGCCGCCCCUUCUCCUGCUGCUGCUCCUACUUCUGCUCCUCCUGCUUCUUCUCCUGCUCCUUCUGCUACUGCUGAUCCUGCUGAUCCUGCUGCUGAACCUGCUGCUCCCGCUCCUGCUUCUGCUCCUUCUGCUACUCCUGCUCCGGCUUCUGAUGCUUCCCCUGCUGCUCCUGCUCCUGCUCCUGCUCCUGCUCCUGCUCCUGCCCCUGCUCCUGCUUCUGAUGCUCCUGCUCCUGUUGCUCCUCUUCCUGCUCCUGCUGCCAUUCCUGCUCCUGAUGCUGCUCCUGCUCCUGCUACUCCUCCUGUCUCCCCUCCUGCUGCUUCUCCGUUGAAUUCAUAUGCACCGUCCGCAACUGUAAUCCCCGCAACCACUGCUGUCAGUGUAGCCAAUCACGGAGGAGCUCAGACAACUGCAGUGCCCUCCACAGGUGUAGGGGUCAGGGAAUUCAUGCAAGCAGCAGCAAACGCAGCAGCAGCCAACCAAGCAGCAGCCAACCAAGCAGCAGCCAAUCAGGCAGCAGCCAAUCAGGCAAGAGGGAGGCAGCGGCCCUCCUCGCCUGUCUUCUUGCGAGCCAGAUUUCUUCCUCCUCCGGUUCUGUUUCAUCGCUGCACUCCCUUGCGCAAAAUAUAGCCCAGACCUUUGGGCCCAAUGUGGCACUGUCUCUGGGGUCGUUUUUGACACAGCAGCCUCGUUCCGCUGCUGCUACUGCUGCUGCUGCUGCUGUUGCUGCUUCUCUUCCCGCUGCUGCUUCACUUCCCACCCUAUUGCAGCAGAUCGCCUCCCUGUCUUCUCAGCCUACUGCUUUGCCUCCUCCGCCGAUGCAAAGUU